UGCAAUUUGUCCAGCUAAGAACGAAUAUAUGCGGCUCCUCGAACCUUCCCCAGAUCCACUGGCCCGCAAAUAAAUUUCUUUCUUCUGAAGUCCACGCCUCAUUUCUCCUCUACUACAAGAUUUCACUUCUCCUGUUUUUGCGGCGGUUAACGUUUGCUGAUCGCAGCUUGGUUUCCGGGAAUCAAUCAUGACUCGCGGUAAUCAGAGAGAUCGAGAUCGAGAAAGGGCUCAAGCUCGAGUUGCCGGCAAAGGCAAGACCAAGGACGAUGGGUUAACCCCCGAACAACGCCGUGAAAGAGAUGCGAAGGCCUUGCAGGAAAAGGCUGCGAAGAAGGCGGCGCAGGCGGCAACCGGAGGGAGCAAUGCUGGCGGCGCUGGUGCAAGUAAAAACAAUAAAUAAUUAUUAAUUAAUGUAACGAUGACAGAACCUAAAUGAUUCACUGUGGACGGUAACGAGAUUGUUUUAACAUCGAUUUGGAAAUCAGAUCUUUGUGUUCCUUUA